CCUACGGUCCACACAGUUUACUUCUUUCGUAAUCGUAUCCUUUGUCUUGACUUUCGCAUCUCAACGUCUCGAAACAAAUCUCAAAGGUGAGCAUCAAACGUUUGUGCAGUGAGCACCGCCACACAAACACGACAGUGCUUCCUUUCACUCGACAACUUGCAAGCCAGAGUUACAACCGCCAUCCACUUCAUCGAUCCAGCAUGCGAGUGCUACAGUUGAUCGCUUUGAUCGCGCUUGUGUCUAGCUGCGCCGCCUCAGUCCCCACCAGUUCCGGUCUUGUGAAGAUCAGUUCGGGUGCUGAGGUUCUGUCUCGCGUGCUAGCUGGCGACCACAAGCAGACCAAGCGAUCUCUGCGUCGGAACGAUCCCGACGAGCUGGAUGGACUUGAUUCUACAAAAGAGGAUAGGGCGACGACAGGAAUGCUUGACGACUUCUUAGUGAAAGUGGGCGGCGUGCUGGAUGACGCUGUGGGGAAGACCGACGACUUGGCGCUGAAGGCAGGACAGCAAGGAAAACCGUGGAGCAGACUGAAAGAUUUAGUUGCGAAGAACAAGAUUAAAGACCUGGCAGAACGCUCGCCUCUAGUGGAAAAGCUGUCUAAGUACGAUUUUGCUCCAAAAGUAAGUCUCUCGACACUGCAGCAGCUGGACGACAUCGAAAAAGUGAGGCUGGUGGAUUUAAAGAAGGGUGUCAAGGGUACCAAGGAGACUCCCGAUGGCAUGCGAAGGGUGAUCGAGCCCUUUGAAGGCAUGAAAGUAGCCCCUAAGAAGUUUCUAGAAUCCCAUGUGGGGCGCGACGCUCAACGCUAUGCCGACGACGGCAGUCGGUUGUUAUCGGCUAAUGUGGUUUGGCGUCUUAACGAGAAAGGAGAAAAGCAGAUUCUUCUCAUUUCGAGCUCCAACCCGAAGAAAGGAGACUUUUUGCUUCCCAAGGGCGGCUGGGACAAGGGCGAAGAUAUUAAGAAGGCGGCGUUGCGGGAGGUCAUCGAAGAAGGAGGAGUGAGUGGCCAACUCGCGCACGGUCUAGGCAAGGUGAAGUUCUCGGAAGACGGCAAAAAAUACAUUUAUCAAGCGUUCAUGGUGAGAAGCAGCACGGUCUAUGACGAUUGGGCCGAGAGCAUUCGUUAUCGCUUAUGGGUGUCGAUGGAUGACGCGAUGGAAAUUCUUAAGGAUCGCCCUAGGAUGGCCGAAGUGGUGAAAAGAGCCAUGCACAUGGAUGCCAAAAUCGCAGCUAAAGAACUGCCUGAGCUCAAUCCCAAACUCUCCCAAGUUAAGCUGACUUGAACUAAGUAAUACCUCGCGUGGGCCAAAGCAACAAUAGCAGAGUCAACAUAAAAUGUAUCGACUGUGUCGCCAAUUCACUAAACUCGUUUUUUUUAUUUUUAGUGUUCCGGAUUCGUAGAGCCCAAUAAAUGACGGUUUUGUUGGCUCAAUUAGAUUAAAGAAAAUGGACAUUGGCAGUACUGUACCGUAAAAGCUAC